AUGAGGAACCGUCCUCUACAACCUCGAAAGGUGUAUUAUUCAGAAGUUGUGCCAUUGGUUGGAAAAAACGAGGUUGUGGUGAGGAAACAGAAGGUUGCUGGUAAGUUAAGGUUUUUUAUUGUUUUUUGAACAUUUAGGUAAUGAGGGGAUGUGGAAUAGCUAUGAUUCGUUAUAAUGAAGUAUUUUGAUGUUUGGGGGAUAAAUGAAAAGGACUGACCAAUUUUAAGGGGAGCUAUCAUUAAUUUGUGUUCUCGAUGCUAUCUGAUAUAGGGCUUUUGCUUACACAAGCUUUUUUGAACUUUUUAUUGUUCGGCAGGGUUAAAUAAAGGUUAGUAUGAGAUAGAUACUAGCUUUUCCUUCAUUUUAAACCUAAAAUCAACAAGAUUGAUCAAGGUUAAAGCUAUCAACCAUCAAAUUUUCUCAACCACAUCAACUGAUUUUAGGCUCUGCGUGUACUCAAGAGCUUCAAGCCUUGUUUGGAUGUUUGAAAAAGUGGGAGUACGAUGAUUUACCUUGCAAGAGCUUCCACGGUGCUUACAUGAGAUGUAUUGAGGAUUCAGAAGUUCAAGCUGCGAAGAAUACGGAACGUUUGAGGAAGGGAACGUUGGGUGAUGAAACUUCUGAUGGCAAAAGCCUGACAGCAGCUCAAUUGAACAAGAUUAUGCAGAUCCAUCCACAACCAGACUUGGGGAAGAGACCUUACAGGUAUAUUUUGAUUAUUUUGUUUUGAUUUAGAGCUAUAUUUACUUGGAACCAUCAAAUCUUUGAAAACCAUGGAUUUGGUCAUGGAUAAUAUAAUGUUUUGACUUCAAAAACUAUUUUAUUGUUGAAAAAUGAAAGCACUAAUGAUUUUAAAUUACAGAGUAAUGCAAAGACUACCGAAUUAUUCAUAUGCCGACGAUCUUUUCCAUCGGAAGAACAAACCGGGCAAAAAAUCAUAA